AAGAAGAAGAAGAAGAAGAAGAAGAAACAUGGAGGGAGUUAACGCGAUGUUUGUUUCCCGGGAGAAUUAUGAGAACUACGAGCUGUCCAAAUCCGACAUACUGAGAGGAAUCGUUACCGAGAAACUGACGACGGCAGCGCGGGAAAUCUUCGCGGUUGUCGAGAGAACCGUAUCCGGUUACGAGGAGGAGGCGGCGGGUCUGAGGCAGGAGAUCGACCGGCAGAGGAUCCAGCUGGAGGCUAUCCUGCAGCCUCGAGUCUCUCUGUGUAGGAUAGAUGAAGCUGUGUUUGAAGAGGAGGUGUUCUGGGGAGCUGAAGUAUCUGAGGACGAGGAGCAGAUACAUGGCGAGGACUCGGGGACCUACGAUGUCUUCGUCCACACUGAGGAAGACGAGGGUGAAGACGAGUUUGCUGAGGAGGCGUUGGGUCGCUCGUGUCACAAAGACAAGAGGGACCCAGAUUAUCAGAUAUCAAGUAAAAGAAACCCGACUUUGAAGAAGAGGUGCAGGAAGACUUCUCACCUGAACCUCCGAGUCUGUCUGUUACCGGACUCCAACGCCGACAAACUGAAACGAGGCGUGUUGAAGUCUCAGUGGAAGGAGGUGAGGUGUCCUCGAGGUCUGCAGGAGGUCGACUUCCUGGACCUCCUGAGGGCGUCCUUCCCUCAGCUGACGGGACAGUUUGAUGCGUUCACGAUGGAUCCCAGCAAGAAACUGACACCACUGAAACUACAGACCCUGACCCCAGAGGAGAUCCAACAGUCCAUCAGAUCCACGGGGAAAGGACGCUCCGCUCUGUACAUCCGAGUGAAGGCAACAAAUGAACCCCGGAGCAGCCCGGAGCGACUUCCCCCUUCAGGGACAAACGAGCACGCAGACGAUGACUCAAGAAAUGAAGAAGAGAGGCCGAGUGUGAGUUCCCAGAACAGUCCUGUAGAAGGAGCGCAGAGCGUUGAAUCUGAUCGUCUCUCUGGCCACUCUGGACGACAACGAGUGAAAUCAGAGGAAGACGUGGAGCAGCGUGAAGUGUCGGAGGACUUCAGCGCCCUGACGUCAGCCGGCUCUGCAGCCGACAGCGAGAGUGAAGACGAUGAUGACAGAGAUGAAGAGUGGAAACCAGACAUCGAAGAGAGGAAACCCAAACCUGAGUCCUCACAGAGGAAACAGACCGAGUCGCCUCUGAAGGCGUCGGCUGAGACCAGCGGCGUUCCCCUGUCCUGCAGAGUCUGCCCAGCUCUGAGCGCCACGAUGAACAAGCUGAUUAAACACUCGUGGAGUCAUGUGGAGGAUCCAGAGAGACUGUGUGGAGUCUGUGGAGAACAGUCAGAGACUCCAGAGGAACUGAGGACUCAUCUGGAGAGUCACAAGAAAACGUUCAGCUGUGACGUCUGUGGGAAGAAGUUCCUGUCGGUCUACAGUCUGCAGGGUCAUUCUUUCCAACACACGGGGGAGAAACCGUUCAGAUGUGACGUCUGCAACAAGACGUUCUCCUUCAAGAGCACGUUGAGGACUCAUCAGUCGAGACACACGCAGGAGAAACCGUUCAGAUGUGAAGUGUGUAACAAGUCGUUUAAGUUCAAAGAGCUGCUGAGGAUCCACAGCCGGCUGCACACGGGAGAGAAACCGUACACCUGCAACCUGUGCGGGAAAUCCCUCCGCGACCUGCGAGCGUUAUCCCGACACAAGCUGUUCCACUCCGCGGGGAAACGCCACGACUGUCCGGUCUGUGGGAAGCACUUUUUAACCCGAGGAGAAGUCGCGCGGCACGAGAAAAGUCACGCGGACAGAAACCCGACGCACCUCUGUGACGUCUGCUGUAAGAUGUUCCAGACGCGAGGUCAGCUGAACGCUCACCUGAAGACGCACAGCGAGGAGAAGAUCGUGUGCAGCGUGUGCGGGAAGGCGUUAUCAUCGAGCGCGCACAUGAAGCGACACAUGAGGGUCCACAGCGGAGAGAGACCCUUCAAGUGCUACAAGUGUGGACGCACGUACAUCUGUAACGGUCACCUCAGCUUCCACCUCAAGUUCCACUCGGGCGUCAAACCUCACGUGUGUCAGGUGUGCGGGAAGGCGUUCUUCCGUAAAGAACACCUGAACAACCACAUGAGGACCCACGACGGAGAGAAACCGUACAAGUGCACCGUGUGUGGGAGAGGCUUCACUCAGAGCCACUCCAUGAAGACGCACAUGAAGAGGCACCAGAGGGGGGCGGAGUCAGCAGGGGACGGACCGACCGACUGACCUCUUUAGGGUCGUGUGCACACGUUCAAACAUUAUUCUGUAUCCACGUUUGUAAUUCUGUGAACAGAGACGUGACCUCAUGUGGUUGGAGUGUGAACAUUCACACAUCAGAGUU